GGGUUAAGAGCGCGGCCUCGCCGGCGCGCGCGCGCCUAGGACUUCGAUGGCUGGGCAGGGGCUGGCGGCGGGCUUCCUGCAGGUGCCCGCGGUGACGCGGGCCUACACCGCGGCCUGCGUCCUUACCACCGCCGCAGUGCAGCUGGAGCUCCUCAGCCCCUUCCAGCUCUACUUCAACCCGCACCUGGUGUUCCGGAAGUUCCAGGUCUGGAGGCUCAUCACCACCUUCCUCUUCUUCGGGCCCCUGGGAUUCGGCUUCUUCUUCAACAUGCUCUUCCUGUUCCGCUACUGCCGUAUGCUGGAGGAGGGUUCUUUCCGUGGUCGAAAGGCCGACUUCGUCUUCAUGUUUCUCUUCGGGGGUGUUCUUAUGACUCUGCUGGGAUUCCUGGGCAGCCUCUUUUUCCUGGGACAGGCCCUCAUGGCCAUGCUGGUCUAUGUGUGGAGCCGUCGCAGCCCUCAGGUGAGGGUCAACUUCUUUGGAUUACUCAACUUCCAGGCACCAUUCCUGCCCUGGGCCCUCAUGGGCUUCUCGAUGCUGCUGGGCAACUCCGUCCUCACAGACCUGCUAGGCAUUGUUGUGGGCCACAUCUACUACUUCCUGGAAGAUGUCUUUCCCAACCAGCCUGGAGGCAAGAGGCUGCUGCUGACCCCCAGCUUUCUGAAGCUACUACUCGAUGACCCUCAGGAGGACCCCAAUUACCUGCCCCUUCCGGAAGAGCAACCACAGCCCUGAGUGCAGCCCCUGGAGCAGUAAGCCCACUUGGUCAGCCUGAGGCUCCUGGCAGAGUUCUACCUUCUCUUAUGCCCAGCACCCCAUCCAGAAGGCUGGGCCCACCUUGGGGCCUCAGCCAGCAACACUCUACAUCCCCUGUAGCAUCUCUGCUCAACUGUAGAUGGUAGGACACGAGGCCCCGAGAGGGUGAAGACUGCCAACAGAUGCCUAGUAGAGCUCUGAACUCAACUAAUACAGACCUCCAGUUCUCAUCUUCAUGCUGCCAGCGCCUUGCUGGAGCACUGGCAACAAGUCCUCACCACCCAGGAUCAUGCCCAGUCUACAGGUAUCCUGCCUGGGUGCCUGUGGGCUGAUGCCCGUCCUAUCCUAGCCUCUCUGUCCUCUUUUAAGGCAAGCAAGUGUUCACGUUCAUCUCCGGCUGGUGACCCAAAAGUCCCAUGGGCUCAGGUGUAGAGAACAAGUUUGGUCCUCUGUCACUCUAGUGAGCCCAGGAUCUUGAGCUCUACCUUAGCAGAACCCUGUGUGUAGCAGAGGUAGUUCUGGGACAUUCCGUUUGCUGAAGGCCUGUGAGUCCUUCCUACCCGCACCUAUCUGAACUGAGGAUGUCAAUGUGGCCAGUUUUCCCUGUUGCUCCACAUGUGCUCCCCUGGGGCUUACUCCUGGAUGCCCAACAGCAUGGGAUUCCCCCAACCACUGCUUGUUAUUUCUGUGGUAACAAAAAUGUUUUCUACUGA